AUGCCGACAGACGAUGACUAUGGCCGAAGAGAACGUCUUCUGUUGCAUCAGAAUCCAGCCUCUCAGUUCGGAGUGUCAUCAGUGUCAGGAGGUAAUCCCACAGUUUCGGGAUCACAAAUUGUGUCGAAUACCUGUAAUAAUAAUAGCAUUAAUAACGAUUUGUCAAACUAUCAAAAGCAAUCAGAGUCAAAAGCACCACCAUCCAGCGGUACUUCUCCAGAACGCUACCAGAAGGCAUGCGAGGGCUACUCUGGAAGCAACGAUAAGACUCAGACAAGCGUGUCAAAUAACUAUGGAGUUCAAAGCACAAUGGACAAGUAUGAAAAACAAAGUAAUAAACUACAAUCACAGCAAAUCGAUGACACAACUUUGUAUGGUGAACAAUCUCGCUCAAUAUCGUCUUGCUGCGAGCGAUUCAGUAAAUCUCAAAAUUCCGAAAAAUUUAACCAAAUUUCUAUAUGUUCGGGGGGAAAUCAGAAUCUUCACCAAUACUCAAGACAGCAACAGCCCGCACCGCAAAGUAGUAUCAAUCAACUUACUCGAUACUCUGAGGCUAACUCUGUUAUCUCCGAUCAACGAUUGGGAUUGCAAUCAAAUGAUCGCUUUCAACGUAUGGAUCGUUUUCAGAGUGACAGUACUUCGGGAUCAUCACCAAAAACAUCGACAGUUGGUGAAUAUGCAAACUCAGGGAUUCUUAUUUUGUCCACUGAUAAACCGUUCUCACCAGAAACAUUUCCUUCGCCACCAUCUCCAGCACCUGCGAAUGACCGGUUCGUACCACCUCCUCCGCUUUCUCCGAGUCCAAGUGAUAAGUAUGCCUCGACUCACAGUUUGGCUAGUUAUCCUUCUGGUGAUCGGAUUUUACAAUCUGGAUCUCCAAACACUCGAGAUAGGUACGGAACUGCACCAGCAUCACCAAUACUUAAAAAUAGAUUCGCAUCUGCUGAAAAAUUGUUGGCAGCAAACAGUGCAACCAGUACCAAUGCAAAUCACGAUGCCAAAGAUCAACAGCAACGAUAUACAUCUUCCACUGAGCGUCUCUUGGUUAAUGGGUCUCCAGUACUGUGUAGUCUUCAGCGUGACUCCGUUAAUCUUUUUUCAGUAUCAACUGCUAAUAAUGAAUCUAAUAGAUAUCCACUGUCUCCAGAACGAUUGGUCACAUCUUCGCCGAUUCAUGCACCCGUGCCAGAAAGGUUCGCCAGCAAAAGUAAAGAUCGAUUUAUCUCUGAAUCUCCAAACCAUGAGCGUUAUCAACGACAAGAAACAUUGGGUAUCUAUCAUGACAGAUUUUCUACAAUCGCAAAUUGUGAGAGGUAUCUCUCUAGUACUCAAAAUCCAGAAAAUUUACACCACCGUUAUUCAUCGACGGAAAGAGCUUUGGCUAACUCAUCUACAACAGAUGCACUCCAACCACGUUGUUUUUCUUCAACUGAACAAUAUCCUAAGUAUUCGGAACGAAGUGAUCGAUGCACCAGCUCAAACUCACCCGCCCCAACAGAGUACUCCUGUAGAUAUUCAACCUUUCAAGAUACAGCUGGACAAUCUAGAUAUUCAGCAGAUCGUUUCAAUGAUCUCACACUGCAGCGCUACAGCCAAUCACGAUCCAAUGAUAGAUUUAAUGAUCGCUAUCUUUCUAACUUGUCUCCGACUCAUGAUGGAAGAAUUACUUCAGAAUCUAAUCGGUAUGCUAGCACUUCUUCGACUGAAAGACUUCUCGUUUCUUCGUCACCAUCAUCAUCUGAGAAUAGUCGGUAUCAAAACUUGUAUGCGAGUUCAGGACAAACAUCAAACGAUCGCUUUAUCCAACAAUCACCACCGUUGGACAACAAUGGUACAAUUCGUAGCUACCAAAAUCAAGUAUUGACAAAAAGUGAUAAGUUUAUUCAAGUUUCAAAAUCGAUAUCUAGUUACGAUCGUUAUCAGCUUACAAGCUCGGAUCAAUAUGAACACUCAAAUCAAGAGCGAAUGUACGGAUUCGAUAAGUAUUCCAACUCGACAGCUGGAAACGAUCGAUAUCAAGGAAGUGAACAACGUUAUCAUGGAAAUUCAGAAAGUUUUUCUCCAGCUCGCGUAGUUGGAGACAAGUACUUAUCGUUGCCAAAGCCAAAGGAUAAUUAUCCAACAGGCAGAAUAAUUUCAUCUUGUUCAUCAAUAAUUAAUGGUAAUGAAGCGAGGGGAUUUGGUAAUCCUUCAGGUGUUAGUAGUUAUGUACCACCAAAUGCCCAUACUCCAGUUGAGAGGUAUGUUCCUCAACCACCUCCAGAGGUUCUUUUUCCUGAGAGAUACGUUGAUAGAUACGUAUCAUCCACGGCGCAUACACCGACGUAUGUGCCGACUGCAGAUCCAGGUGACCCCUACAUGAGGCGAGAUCUGGGAUUUCAUCAUCAUUACCGACUACCACCACCUGGUUAUCCAUACCAUCAAUCUCAUUUUCGCUUUCGUGGUUUUGCGUAUGCAUCACCAGGUAGAAUAGGAGGUAGUCCUGGAUCAAGUAGCUCAAGUAGCUCUACAUCAGUUCAAAGAGAUUUCUCUACUUCACCUUCAUUAAGACCGAAAGUUCGUGCAUCCGCAAUAGAGUUUACUUCUACUAUUAGACCGAGUCAAUCAUGCUGUGGGGAUAGUGUGGGUGGACAGAGAAAUUGUUGUCAAGUUAGAAGAUCUUUGCCUCCUGGUGCUUUGUCUUCUAUAUCUUCUAAUCAGUCUACACACUCUUCUUGGCAACAAUCUCCAAAUUCAGGGACAACUGGUACGUCAACAAUAUCGUCUUCUGGUGGUGAUGCUGAAAAUGCUCAAAAUAUUAGUAUGUAUGCCGUUGGCGGAAGUAGUGCUAUGGGGAGUUCAGAUAACCCUACAUCAACAGUUCUGACAAUUUUACCAUCGGUGCCUUCAGCAACUACCGCCUCAACCAUAAGUACAUCGGACAUAGCUAUUACUAGGAGCGUGUCAGCACCUGCUGGUCCUCACCCUGCUAUUCAAGCAAGUACUUCAAUAAGCACUACUGCAACGUCAACGAGUCAACGACCAAAACUUCGAAGAAAUAUGAGUCGCACUGAAGCUAUUCGCAAUUACAUAAAGAAGGAAACUGCUACAUUUUUUGGCGUCGACGAGGAAACGGAAGCACUCGAGAAACAACGAUGGUUCGAUCGUCGCCGACGCAUGGCUUCAAGAAAAUAUGGAGCUCUGAAUCCAGAGCAUAAACCACCAGACCCAGAUAUCACAAGAGAUGUUCCUGAUUCAACAGAAAUACCAGAG